CGAUUGAUAAAAUUAUUUUUUCCAAUAACUGCCGAUAAUUAUCAUUGUACUGCUAUGCUUGUCGCCUAUAAACACCGGCAAUUAUUUAUUUAUAUCAGUUACCUGUUACACUAACACAUUACAAAAUGCGGUUCAUUAUUACUUCUUUACUAUUUUGUUUUGCGGUUGUUACGGCGGUACCCGCUAAACAAUCAAGGAUCGCUGGUGGAGCACUCACGACGAUCAACCAGUACCCAUAUGUGGCUUCUAUGAUAUAUUCCAGAACUGGUGCGUCAUUCGCCCAGGCUUGUGUUGGCUCCAUUAUUAAUAACAGAGCUGUUCUCUCAGCGGCUUCUUGUUAUGCUAACGAACCCAUCAACCGCUGGAGAAUCAGAGUAGGAUCCACAUACGCAAACAGCGGUGGCACCGUUCACAACGUAUACACCAUUAUUAUCAACUCCGGUUACAUCACCCAACGACGCGAAAAUGACAUCGCCAUCGUCCGCUCGGCUACCAACUUCGUAUACUCUGACACUGUUACAGCUAUUUCGCUUGCCAACACGGGAUACAUUAUUCCUGAUAAUGCUGUCGUUUGGGCUGUUGGCUGGGGACGCACUGGGCCGAACGCUGUACGAUCGGAGCAAUUACGCCACGUGCAAAUAUGGACGAUCAACCAGAGCUUGUGUAGAAAUAACUACAACUUCGUCAACUUCGCGGUUACUGACAGAAUGAUAUGCAGUGGCUGGUUGAAUGUUGGCGGUCGUGGUCAGUGCGUGGGCGAUGAGGGCGGCUCUCUAGUGCAUAACAACGUGCUGGUCGGAGUGUACUCGUGGGCACGAGAGUGCGCUAGCACCCACUUUCCCAAUAUCAAUACGAGAGUGUCAAAUUACAUUCCAUGGAUCACGGCUAAUGCAUAAAUUUGAAUAAAAGACUGAAUAAAACAUUACAAUUUAAGUUUUUAAUAAAAGGUUUAUUGUACAAA